GUGGAGGUGACUCUGGUGAUGCAUUACUAUUGCCUCUUUCAUGCUGCGCCACCAUUUUGAGACAUUUGCAUGGAGUUGCACGUAGCUCCUGUUUUUGGGACGUCACAGACCCUCCAGGACUUCUAUCUGCUCCGGCUGGCAUGAAAGAGGUAUAGUGAAUAGAGAUGGCAUCUGCUCCGACCGGCCUUAAUUCUCUUGCCACAGGGGACCCCCUCCAGAGGAUGCACGUCACCAGACCCAAAUCUGCCAAAGGUCGCACCAGGACCACCCCGCAGGGCACCACUCACAACAUGGAGGCUUACCCCUGCCGCACGUCACCUACUCCCAGGGUGUCGUCAGCAAGAGCCCAGCCUGGUCCCAGGAUGGCACAGGACGAAACCCCGGAGCUUCUCCACCAGCUUCCAUAUAGACCACCAUCCUCCAGCCUCAACCGCUACCGAGUGCUCCCCUCCAUUGGCACAGCAGGUGGUCCAGAGAACGUAGGGGAUCAACUGGUCUACAAAACCAGCGCCAUGAGGCUGACCCCCGAGGUCCACGAUCGCCACAACACCAAGACUCUGUUCCGGGAGCAGAACAAGCCUCACCAGAUGAGCAACCACCACCAGGGCCAAGUCAAUAUGGAGGACUCUCAAGCGAAAGGGCAGGAGCCACCAUCCGAACAGGAGCCCAGGCUUCUCCUGGCCAUCAGGUCCCAUUCCGGUCAGAGGUUUGAGCAAUUCUUCCGCCCCUCGGACACGCUGUUCACCAUCCUAGUGGCGGCGGAGGAGAAGACGGGGGUCUCAUGUAAGGACUGUAGUGUGGAAUCAAUGGAGAUACCAAGACGGAGCUUCACAGACCUCAGCCAGACCUUACAGGAGUGUCGGAUCCCCAACAAGUCUGUAGUGUGCAUCCAUCGGCUUGGAAGGAACUGAACCUGCGGUGCCUUAAAUGCAUACAUCAUCGACCAACACUGUGACCCUGAGACCGUGACCCCCUCCCCCCAUCACUGACACUGAUCUGCAUUCAUAUCUCUCCCGGGGUCACCACUCUGCUUUCCCAGACCCCUGACUGGAAUGGAUACCAUGGUUCCAUACUGAUAUGAAAACCAGGCAGAUCAGUCAGUCAGAAGUUGUGAGGAAUCCCUUCCCCUGUAAGAGUUGUUCUGACAACCACUAAACAGAGAUAAUUGGAACCAGUUUUUGUCAGAACUCGACUUACACGUAGAGGGGAUUUUCCUGACUUAUUUUUACAUCAGUGCAGAUUUACGUUUCGCCCAAGAAAAGCUGGUUGGCAAAUAGAAUGGGAGUUUUAGUCAAGGCCGUACUGGUUUAAGAGAGCGUCUCGGUGACAGGAAUGCUUAAUGCGACUUAACACGGCUGGCAAGAUGGCGACCGUGGGCACUGCCCCAUGCUCUUUUAUUAUUGAAGUCUCAGAUGCCCACCGUAGAUAAUAGCCCCUUCCCCCAUGACGGUUUGCCGGGAUUUGUAGGAUUUUCUGGAGCGGCUCGGUUACCUCCUCCAGUACAUCGUUCAAAUAGAUUAUUUCGUUGAUUCUUGAGUGUUACAACUUCUCCGUGUUAUUUACCGCAUCCGUGUUUGAUGAGCAGAACCCCCCCCCCUUCAUAUAUAAAGAUGAUUGUGUUAUUAACCGGCCAAUAUCUACAGUGUUGUAUAUGUGCUGCAGCCCCCCACAAUGAUCUCCUUACUUUUCAUCUCUUAAAGGGGCAGUCUUCUAUAAAUGAGGCUUAAAGAGGACCUUUCAUGGGUCCAGACAUUAUGAAAUAACUAGCAGGUUAUGUAGGGCAUAGU